AUGUUCCAACACGAAACUGCAAAAGUUGUCCUCAAGAGUCACAGUCACAGUCACAGUCACAGUCACAGUCACAGUCACACUUGUACUCCUUCCAACUCGUCUCGAGAUCAUCGUACAAGGAGUCGAUCAGUUGAGCGUGUCUCGGAGAGCUCGUUCUCUUCAAUCGCUUCUAUCAAUCUUCCAGCAGCAUUUCCAUGGUUAAGAGACCAGUCCAAAACAGAGCCCGUCUCCAAGGAUGAACAGAUAACGAGCAUGUUCAUGGAUAAGUAUGUACUGUUUCCUUGUAAUGAGUCAUCCUCCCCUGGCUUUCUUGAGCAUCUCCCUUGUUUGUUCAAAGAAGUCAAUAUCGAGGGCCGCUACGCAUUGAGAUUCGCUGUUCAAGCAUGUGCUUUCGCAGAUCUUUCUCGUGAACAAAGCCCAGAGGAGGAAUUAGUCAAGAGGUCGCUAGAGCACUAUGGUUAUGCUCUUGGUGCCCUUGGACAAUCUUUGGCUGAAAAGAACAAGACACCAGAUGAUUACGAUUUGAUGACAGUUGUUAUGCUGGAUAUAUUCGAGGUGGAUACACUACACAACUACACUCCAUCUACCAAGCUUAUACUCUUGCAGACACUCUUUAUGCCUGGCUCGUCGGCAACUGGUGCGCACGCCCAAGGCAUGGCACAUAUCUUGCGACUCCGUGGCCACGAGCAAUUCCAUGACCCCCGUGGCUGGGGCCUGUUUCGUCUAGCCCACCAUAGACUCAAUUUGAAGCAAAAGCAGCAUUUGGCUAAGCAAUUGAGCCCACUACCUGAAUCGCAGGAUUGGCUUGAGAAGUUGAACGAUGAUAUGGCUUCAGUAAAGCUAGAGAAGGAUGGUUUAGCAAUCAACCAAGUGUGUCAGCAGGCAAAUCAGUUACUGACUUCUAUCGAUGCUGGAGACGUUGAAGCUCGCAAGUUGUUAGACCUGAUGGAUGAGAUGCUAAGCCUUGAUCAAGAAGCUACUCACUGGCGGAAAAGUCCAGAAUGGAGCUUUCAGACUAGGACUCACGAGGAGAUACUUGAUAACAGAGAGUCCAGCUUCUGGUUGCCAGAGUCUGUCCAGCUUCACCCAGACGUAUGGAUGGCCUAUGAGUGGAAUUAUCACCGUACUGCACGCAUAAUUCUUCAUCAGAAACUGGUAGCGUGCUUGGAAAAGGUCAAUACUGCGCUACCAUCAGACUCUGGAGCUGCAACUCGGAUCACUGAAUCAAUCAAUACCAUCCAGUCUUUGGCCGGCGAGAUCCUGGCAACUGUUCCCCAAUCGUUUGGCGAUAUCGAUUGCCUCGGUCGAUGGCAUGCGGGGUCAAAGACGGCUCGCUGGCAGGCCGUGGGCGCAUACCUUUUGCUCUGGCCUAUAAAGAUCAUCAAAAGCCAGAGCGCCUUGACGACGGGUUCACAGAAGGAGGAUGCGCAGAGAGUGUUUGAACGGAUCAGAGAGUGCACGGGCAUCAAGUCAAGCUUGGGUGUUCUAUCCGAGAUCUAA